UCCAAAAUGCUUAAGCCGGGUUAAGAGUUUAGUCCUAUUAUAUCUCAUAUAUAGGACUAUUUGGGGUCUCACAUAUUACCUGACAAUCCUCAAAGUUUCCCUGCCAGUGAUCAUGAUGAAUGUGAGUCUGCCUGCACAAGUAAUUGUUCUUGCACCGCUUUCUCUUUUUUUUCUGAGUGCAUGUUAUGGCACGGAGAUUUGAUCUAUUCGACCCAAUGCGGUGAUUGCUCAGAUGGCUCGCCAAUUAGCAUACGAACAAAAAUAGAUUCUUGGAGAAGAAAUAAGCAUCCAGAGCAGUCGCUUAUAGGACUGACCGUAGGUGUAGUAUUAGGAACUGCGACUGUCUUGGCUAUCGGUUUGAUCGUUACUCGGAGAUGCAAGAAAAGAUCACACACUACAGACCCAAUUUAUUCGAAGAGUUUUCGAGUGUUCUCCUACUCUAAUCUGACGAGUGCUACCAAGAAUUUCUCAAAGAAGCUGGACCAAGGGAGCUUCGGAAGUGUUUUCAUGGGCACCUUGCGUGAUUCAACGCUUGUGGCCGUGAAGAAACUCCGAGGACUCAGGCAGGGAGAGAAGCAAUUCAGAGCAGAGGUGAUCACGGUCGGUAUGAUUCAGCAUAUUAACAUAGUUCGCCUCCUCGGCUUUUGUGCGGAAGGAACUAGAAGAUUGCUCGUCUGUUGGAACCAGCGAUACCGAAUAGCAAUUGGAAUUGCGAGAGGCUUAGCUUAUCUCCAUGAGAAAUGCAAGGACUUCAUCAUACACUGUGAUAUUAAACCGGAAAACAUACUCUUGGAUGAGCAAUUCUGUCCAAGAAUUGCAGAUUUCGGCAUGGCGAAGCUCUUCACUAGAGACGGAAGCCGGGUCCUGACAACUAUGAGGGGGACAAUAGGAUAUCUCGCGCCGGAGUGGAUAUCGGGGCUAGCUAUCACGCACAAGGCCGACGUUUAUAGCUUCGGGAUGAUGCUUUUCGAGAUAAUAUCCGGCAGGAGAAACACGGAGAGGUCAGAAGACGGAACGUAUGUGUAUUUUCCUACUUGGGCCGCGGCGAAAAUCCACGAAGGCGAGGUCGCAUGCUUGUUAGACAACAAGUUGAAGGGUGAAGCAAACAGCGAAGAGCUCGAAAGAGCAUGUAGAGUUGCUUGUUGGUGCAUUCAAGAACUUGAAAGCAGUAGGCCAGCAAUGGGACUAGUUGUUCAGAUGCUGGAGGGAGUUCAAGAGGUCAACAUGCCUCCUAUACCUACAUACUUGUGUAAUUUUGUGUGGGAUGAGAAUGGCUCGAUUAAUACUCAGGUUUAUGGGCAUUGUCUCGAUGAUGUGAUGAGCAAUUCCUUCACCGAAUAAGGAUUAAAAUAGGCCCUCCAUGAGAAUGGCUCAAUUAGUACUCUCUCUUUUUCUUUUUCUUUUUUUUUUCUUAAUUAAGAUGUUUUAUUAUUUUUAAGUAAAGACUCGCGUUCAAUUGAAUAUGCUUUGGUGAGGUGAUUUCAAUA